GGUGGAGGGAGAGCGAUGCGAGAUCAGUGGCACAGCUGAGAUAAAUAGAGACAUACCCAAUUUAGCAUAUACCGUACAAUAAUAUUUGCUGUCUCUGUGUCUGUGACGUAAGACAUUUAAUGGACAUGUCAGUCCUGACUCUGCAAGAAUACGAAUUUGAAAGACAGUUCAACGAAAACGAAGCUAUUCAAUGGAUGCAAGAAAACUGGAAGAAGUCCUUCCUUUUCUCCGCCCUCUAUGGUGCAUGUAUCCUGGGUGGGCGGAGGCUGAUGAAGCAGCGGGAGAAGUUCGAGCUGAGGAAGCCGCUGGUGCUGUGGUCACUGUCCCUUGCUGUGUUCAGUAUUUUUGGAGCCGUGCGCACCGGCGGGUACAUGGUGUUCAUCCUGAUGACCAAGGGUCUGAAGCAGUCUGUGUGCGACCAGAGUUUCUACAAUGGGCCCGUCAGUAAAUUCUGGGCGUACGCCUUUGUCCUCAGCAAGGCUCCUGAGCUGGGAGACACCCUGUUCAUCGUUCUCCGCAAGCAAAAGCUGAUCUUCCUGCACUGGUACCACCACGUCACGGUCCUGCUCUACUCCUGGUACUCCUACAAGGACAUGGUGGCUGGUGGCGGCUGGUUCAUGACCAUGAACUACCUGGUCCACGCGGUCAUGUACUCCUACUACGCCCUGCGGGCGGCCGGCUUCCGGGUGUCGCGCAAGGUGGCUAUGUUCGUCACGGCCACGCAGAUCGCCCAGAUGGCAGCAGGCUGCCUGGUCAACUGCCUGGUGUUCUCCUGGAUGCAGCCGGGCCACGAUUGCCCGUCGCACGUGCAGAACGUGGUCUGGUCCUCCCUCAUGUACCUCAGCUACUUCGUGCUCUUCUGCCAGUUCUUCCGGGAGGCCUACGUCCACAAGACCAGGCGGGAGGCGGAGAAAAAGGGCCUGUAGGCGGGGUUUGGAGGCGGGGCAGCGGGUAGGGGGGUGGGGAGAUGGGAUGGACUUGCACUCUCCAGCUAAUGGGGGAGGCAGACAGAGGUGGGGUGGGGGCAGUGAUGGAAAUGUUGGGCAGGGUUCUCUGCCUGCACGGAUGCGUGUAUAAGCGCAGGGUUGUUUUACGGAGAGCGCUACAGCUGAGGAGCCGUUACCUUGUCAACAGCAAGCUUGUCUCCAUCCACCAUGUUAUUUUUAUGCUGAUUUACCCCUCCCCCCCAUUCACCAAUUGUCACCUCAAGCUGAUAAAAAUAACAGACUGACAAGCUUUAGGGUAAAUAAAGAACGUGUGAAACACUGUAUUGGUGGUGAAGCUGGGCAGUUUGGUGUCUUGACUCUAAUCACAACAGGUUUUGAACACAACAAAAACAUAGCAGUUCUUUAUUGUUGCUUGUUUCAAGUGCUGUUUUCAUCAGAAGUUCCACCAUAACCAGAAUUAAUGUGUAACAAGUCUACAAUAUAACAAAAACCUUCACUUAAGUUCAACACUCAAAAGUAAAAACAAAGCAGACAGGUCUGAGUGAACAGAGCCAUCCAGCUGGGUCCAUGUCUUGUAUUGGUCUCAUUGUUAACAUUAUUCUGUCUCUGUUGCUGUAUGUUGUCUUAACCAAAUAUGGUAUUUACGGUCUGUGGGUGGAUAAUUUGUGCAUUAAAAGUCUGUAAUGUGUGUAUUGUCUAUCAUAGUGUUCUGUUCUUAGACCCUGGGUUUAAGAACUGUGAUUCUGAAUAUCUUUCAUAACCAGAUACAGGAGCACAGUUAAAAAGUAAGGUUCCUGUGGAAAAACAUUUGAAAUUGAGACAAUAUUAAAUUUUCUGAUCCAUGAUACAAUGUGAGCAAAUAUCUGCCUUGCCAGUCUUGAUGCCUAUUAAGUGAAAGUUGCUAAAAGUAAUUCUUCCCCCAUGUCCAAAGUGUCCAUAUUGUCAAAACGAAGAGA